AUGGCAAGCUUGCCUCCAAGCGAAAUCCAAUAUGAAGAAGCACACAUCCACCAAAGUCAGCAGGCUGCUGCCUAUGGUGUCCCCAUUGCCUUCUUCAUCUUAGCAGUAUGCUUCAUUUGCAUACGGUUAGUAUCGAGAGGAAUGCAUCGAGCCAAGUUUGCUCUCGAUGAUUACCUGGCUCUAGCAGGCAUUCUAGCACUCAUACCAUUCAUGGCAGCAACAUUGGGAGAGGUUAAGAAUGGCAUUGGGAAGCAUAUAUUAUCCUUGACGCAAAAAGAACAGGUGAUGCAAGCCAAGUGGGAGGUUGUGAAUAUAUAUUCGUACACUACCUCCAUCGCCUUCAUCAAGCUGUCAAUCCUGGCUCUGCUUUCUCGGAUUUUUGACGUUUACAAUUGUGGUUUUCGUAUUGCUAUCUGGAUACUCACGGUGUGGAUGAUCUUUUGGGCAAUCGCAUUGUACUUUGCCUAUGGUUUCCAGUGUCAACCAUUUUCACGAAACUGGAGCCUCACAGACCCGUGCCGGUCGAGUUUCCGAUUGGAUUAUUCAGCCUCAAUACUCAACGCUGUUCACGACGUGCUACUCUUUUGUCUCCCUCAGCCGCUCAUUUGGAGGCUUCAGCUCCCCUUCAAGAAGAAACUAGCUGUUAGCGUGACCUUCUUUAUUGGAUUUGUUGCUACCCUGAUGGGAAUAUUGAAGAUCGCUUACGUCCAGGGCGCACCUGGAUCACCACACAAGAUUGAUUUCACAUACACCACUGUACCGGCCCUCAUCUUCAACGCCCUGGAACCCCUUCUAGCUGUUAUUUGCUCCUGCCUUCCCUCGACACCUUUAUUCUUUCGGCAAGUCCACCUUGAAGGCUUCUCACGGAUCACUUCGCUGCUCCGGUCGGUGCGCUCGAAGAAAUCACAGCUCUUCGAAUCACCUUCUGGGCUUUCUGACCCACGCACCGGAUCUGAGCCAUCCUGGGCUCGGCUCCCUGGCAGCCAAAACGAUCACAGUACGCGGAACAUCUAUAUCAAGCACGACAUUAGCGUCGAUGCCUCUCAUGGCAGCGGUGAGCAUAUUGUGUUGCAGAAGUGGACUUCAGACCAACAGAAAUUGGGAGCAAAUAUCGUUUGA